UUUGUCAUUAAACUACACUGAGUGAGAGGGUGCAGACGAUUGUUUAUUCUCAUUCAUUAGUUCAGUUGGGCUACAGAUUAGCAGAAAGAGACACCACCCACCUCCAUUCCCAUUGUCCGGCCCUACACCUGUGACUUUAACAAAUUUAUUCUUUUACAGUUAUUGAGGUGAGAAGUCCUAAAUGAGUCUUCAAGGCUAAAAACAAAGUGUCAGAAGGCUUCUGGAGAUUCUGGGGGAGAAUCCAUUCCUUGCCUUUUCCUGCUUCUAGAGGCUGCCCUUGGCUUCUGGCUUUGAUGACAUUACAUCUUCUUUCUCUGCUUGCCCUUCCUGUCUGACGUUGCUGGUCUGUCUUAUAAAGAUGCUGUGAUUACAUUAUACUGACUUGGAUAAUCUACUCCUCAUCUCCAGAUGCUUAAUUUAAUCACAUUUCCAAAGUCCCUUUGCCAUAUAAGGUAACACAUUCAUAAGUUUCAGGUAUUAGGACACAGAGACCUUUGGGGGCCACUAUUCAGCCCUAGAACUAAGACAUUCUCUCCCUCAAGAAAGUUAAUAAAUUAUACUGUAUAAUCUACAGUUUGCAUUUAACUUGCCUAAUUUCCCCAACAAUAUAUUUUACAGAAUUCUUUUUUCUGGUCUUGACCCAAUCUAGAAUCAUGUUAUGUGUAGUUUUUAUGGCUGUGUAGUCCCCUUUGAUCCAUAUUGGUUCCCUAUCUUUAUUUAGUUUUUCAUGACCUUGACAUUGAUACUGAUUUUGGAGGUCAAGAUCAGGUCCAUGAUCCCCUAGUGUUGAAGAUUAAAUACCCAAGAAAUGUUGAGGCAAGCAUAGAAAGCAAGUUUCAUCUAAGAAAGGGACAGACUUCUCCAAGAGAAGUGAGGCCCAGAAUAGUGGAUGCAGGUGUGUGUUUCAAAGUGUGAUCCUCUGAGGUGUUGGCAUCCCAUUGAGCUGGGAAGUGUGAUCUGGAGGUUAGCUGUUAGCAAUCCAGCAAUAACCAGCCAUCAGAAAUUUUACAAUGGUGAAAUCUGGCCAAUGCAACCUCGACCAAGUGAUCAAACUGAGCACUUUGUGACAUCACAUGCCUCCUGAUGGGAUAUGCUCUUCCUAUGGAACAUCCCUGCCUGGCCUGAGGGAACAGAAAAUGUCACAUUCCUCAAAAAACUGAGACGGGGUAGAAGACCUGGCAGGUAGUGUAGAUGUUGAAUGAUGGGGAUCCAGAGAGGAUGAUGGCUGGUUAUUGCUGGUUAAUGGUGGGGUGUGUAGGAGGGGGUGAGCCUUUCUCAGAAAUGCCCUUAGGAAGGAAAGUAAAACUGAAGAUGGCAGCUGUCACUUAUGAUGGACAUCCACAUGCUAAGCAAGGACCUUACAGGGAGGAACAAACUAAAAAACAUCUCCAGAAAAAUGUGAAGGCUGGAUCUGAGCCUCUGCUAUUCCUUGGAUUCUUCUGGGGUUUAAAUAUGUAAAUUUCAGGAAUAUGGAGUUGGUCAGGGAGCCAGGUGCUGGGCUAUUGCACGGCACAGUCUUCUACUGUUAAUAGCUAACAUUUAAUAAAUCCUAACAUGUGCCAGGCCCAGGGCCUCUCAGGUGUGUGUUACAUCUAUGAAUCCUCUGUUUGUUAUAAAGUGCAUACUUUAGUUAUUUCUCUUCUACAGAUGAGGAACCAAGGCUCAGAGAAAUGCAGCAACUUUCCGAUGAUCACACAGCUGCAAGUGGCAGCACCAGGCCUGGAACUUGGUCCUUCUGAGCCCAGAGUCUGUGUUCCUCCUGCUCUGCUUCAUGGCCAUGCCUCCUUGAACCUUCUGGCUUGAGCCACCUUCCCUCCUGCUUGUCAAAUCGGAUCAACAGUAAAUAUGGGGGCUUGACCAGCCUGAGGCAGUUUCUGCUUAUGAACUGGGGAGUGGAACAGUGUGUUAGCAGUGGCCAAAGGACCUAGCAUUUCCCCUUCUUUCUGCUCCUCCCCAGGGAGAUUCUGUGGUCCUUUGUGAAGUAAAUGAGCUAAUCUUAGAUCUAAGUCACAGGCUGUCCUUCUGACCUCACAAUAGCUCACCUUUCAGGGUGCUCAGAGCUCUUCCCUGGUGUCUCUUCCUGCUUGUUUUCUCCCUACAGGGUAGAAAUGUGUGUGCAUUAAAGGUCUCAGCCUUCUUAACCGCCAAUAUAUCAAGCUCCUCUCAAGCCUGGUGAUCCCAGGACCUACUGUCUGAUCUACUCCAACUGGAGAGCUUUGGAAAACAAGUCUGCUUGAACAUAAGGGCGACUGGUCCCCAGGAUGGAAACGGAAUACCUAAAGAAGUGCUUUGGAAAUUCCUUGUCCCAGGCACUGGCAGAAGUGGCGAAGGUUCAGCCCAAUGACCCAAUAGAGUUCCUGGCUCGAUGGCUUUAUCAUUACAGGAAAAUAGCUCUAGCAAAUGAAAAGAAUAUGCAAGAACAGAUCCAGCUGAAGGAGGAAUAUGAGAACAGCCUCAGGGAAAAGGAAAUGGCAGCAAUGAUGAAACAAGAAGAGCUUCAGAUUCAACAGAAGUGUAAAGAGUGUGGCAAGAAAUCGAUUUCCCUAACCACUUUCAAAAAGAAAGUCUCAUUCAAGCAGGAAGACACAGAACCCGUUGAAGAGGGGUCCUUGGAGCAGGAAUCCCUGCCGGAUACUCCAGCAAUGCCUUACCAGAUUCCUUCUUCAGAGCUAGUUGAGGAGAUUGAGCAGAACUUGGAAUCCCCAUAAGAUCAAAUCACCAGGAGGCUUUUCCCUGUGAAGUUGCUGAUUAAAAUGCCUUCUGACUCCAAAUCUCCUUUUUUAAUUAUCAGAAUGGGAAGAAUUUGAGUGAUCCUUCCCUCAACCCUGCAGUCCAAGAAAAUAGCCCUGCAACAGAGCUCCUGCCAACCAAGGUUGGCAGGACUCUGAAAGGAGGUAUCUGCAGGGCCUCUUCAGCCUGGACAGGCAGCUAGCCAUGAGAACCUUUAUCUUGUGGAAAUCCACUCAGAAUAAAGAUUUCAGAAU